AUCCACCAUGACCACUUACUUCAGCUACCCCGAGCCAGCCCUCCGAGAGGAGCUGAGGAGGAUUGCCAAUGCCAUCGUUGCUCCCGGCAAGGGCAUCCUCGCUGCCGAUGAGUCUGUCUCCACCAUGGGCAAGCGCCUGGCCGACAUCAACGUUGAGAACACCGAGGAGAACCGCCGCAAGUACCGCCAGCUCCUCUUCACCGCUGACAAGACCGUAGCUGAGAACAUCUCCGGCGUGAUCCUCUUCCACGAAACCCUUUACCAGAAGGCCGAUGAUGGAACUCCCCUGGUUAACCUCAUCAAGGAGAAGGGUAUCAUUCCCGGCAUCAAGGUCGACAAAGGUGUUGUCCCCCUCAUGGGAUCUGAAGGCGAGAGCACAACCCAGGGUCUUGAUGACCUCUCCCAGCGUUGUGCUCAGUACAAGAAGGACGGCUGUGACUUCGCUAAGUGGCGCUGUGUCCUGAAGAUCGGCAAGAACACCCACUACCAGGGAGUGGAGAAUGCCAAUGCCCGACGCGAUGCUUCCAUCUGCAUGAAUGGUCUUGUUCCUAUUGUUGAGCCUGAGGUUCUUCCUGAUGGUGAUCACGACCUGGACCGUGCACAGAAGGUGACUGAGACUGUCCUGGCCUUUGUAUACAAGGCUUUGAACGAUCACCACGUGUACCUUGAGGGCACCCUCCUCAAGCCCAACAUGGUCACUGCUGGUCAGUCAUGCUCCAAGAAAUACACUCCCCAGGAGGUUGCUAAGGCCACAGUGGUUGCUCUUUCCCGCACCAUGCCCGCUGCUGUUCCUGGCGUGACCUUCCUCUCUGGUGGUCAGUCUGAGGAAGAGGCCUCGGUCCAUCUUGAUGCUAUUAACAAGAGCACUGAUGCUAAGAAGCCAUGGGCUCUUACCUUCAGCUACGGUCGCGCUCUCCAGGCUUCUGUCCUCAGGGCAUGGGGCGGCAAGGAUGAGAACAUCAAGGCUGGCCAGGAGGAACUCAUGAAGCGCGCCAAGGCCAAUGGUAAUGCUUCUCUUGGCAAGUACGAAUGGGGCUCAUGCAAGGGCUAUGCUGGUGACGCUGGGACUCUUCAUCAAGGAUCACGCUUACUAAGUCCACUCCCAACGACAAGCGAAGUAAGAUCUCAUAUCCUCAGACAGACGUUGGGGAUUAUUAUCCUUGGAGCGCCCUGCUAGCUAUCCCUAAAUUCAUGUACAGUUCAACAUUAAAUUCACUUACCCUUUGCCAGAGGAUUCUAGGUCUCAACCAGAUGAUAUUGUAUCUGAGAUCAUCACCAUCAGGCUAAAAAUUGUUAAGCAGUUUUUUGAUGCGUGAUGUUAGAAUGUACCUGUUGAUGUCAAUAUGAUAGACUGAUUAUUUUAAGUCCAACAACAGCUGUGCUAAAAUGCUAAAGACAUAAUAGUCAAGUAAAACAGAAUAUAAUAUAUUAGAACAAAUAUUGAAAUAAUCAUAAAUCCUUUUUAUCUCAUCAUUUAACUCUUGAAUUCCAUAUUUCAUUCAAGUAAAUGUGUUGAAUAAAUCUGUGUCUUUUGUGUACUAGCUUCUUUCUGUGAACAAGAUGGAAGGCUCGGGAACGAGAAAGAGAGAGUAACCGCGUCGAAAAGAAAUCAAGUACUGUGCGUUCCAUUUCUUUUGUACGCGCGAGUUCGAACCAAAAUUCUUGGGUCCUUCGUGUCUGGUCCCCUUGCAAUAAGAUUUUUUUUUUUAAAGAAUAAUAACAGCAA